AGGUGGUGGCGGCGGCGGUUGUGAGGAAGGUGGUGGCGCGGGCUUGUGGCCCUUGAGAGCAGUCUCUGCGCGCCCGAGCGGCUCUGCCUGGCCCUUGAGGGAGACGAACAGCCAAUAUGGCGGCGGCGCCUCUCCCGCAAGACGCGUGGGGAGGCCGCGCUGCCCGCGGGCGCAGGGCCGUGACCGGCGGGCGGCACAGCUGGGCCCAUGCAGCGAUCUGCCGGGGCCGGUAAUCUCUCCCUUCCCUUGGGUUGGCCUACUCUCGCCGCGGUGCUUUCCACGGGGUUGGACCGUCGCAGGUCGGGCUGCGGGAGUAUAAAGUGGUUGGGCGAUGCCUGCCCACACCGAAAUGCACGACCCCUCCUCUCUACCGCAUGCGGAUCUUCGCUCCGAACCAUGUUGUCGCCAAGUCCCGGUUCUGGUACUUCGUUUCUCAGCUGAAGAAGAUGAAGAAAUCUUCUGGAGAGAUUGUGUACUGUGGCCAGGUGUAUGAGAAGUCCCCUCUGCGGGUAAAAAAUUUUGGUAUUUGGUUACGCUAUGAUUCUCGUAGCGGAACUCACAACAUGUACAGGGAGUACAGGGAUCUGACCACCGCUGGUGCUGUCACUCAGUGCUACCGCGAUAUGGGAGCCCGUCACCGUGCCCGUGCUCACUCGAUUCAGAUAAUGAAAGUUGAGGAAAUUGCUGCCAGCAAGUGCCGCAGACCAGCGGUCAAACAGUUCCAUGAUUCUAAAAUCAAGUUCCCUCUGCCACACAGAGUCCUACGUCGCCAGCACAAGCCACGUUUCACUACCAAGAGACCAAAUACUUUCUUUUAAAUAAGAAAUUGUGCUGUCAACUCUGUGUUGUAAUAAAGGUCUUAUUUGAA